GGUCUUUUUCUCGUGACCAGUGGAAAGUUGUUGAUUUACUUUAUUUAGAAUCAUUCAGGUGACCAGAGAGUAGCCAUUAAGGUGUGAACGCAUCAUAUGGACAGCCUUAAAACAGUAUAAAAAUGCUGCUGGAAUGGAAGGUGGAUAGAAGACUUCUCACCGACCUACAACAUGAAGGUUGCUGUUAUCGUCGCUUUCCUCAGCCUUUCCUGUGCGGCUAUGGAGCCCAAGAUUUACCAGCCUGCAAAGGAAAUAUUACGUGAGCUGGCUUUAAAACCAAAGGACAAUUUCCUACGUAUCGUGAACGGUGUUGAAGCAUUCCCAGGAGCAUGGCCUUGGCAGGUGUCCCUCCAAGUAUACUCCCGGGGAUCCUAUAAUCAUAUUUGUGGAGGAUCUCUUGUCAGAGCAAACUGGGUUGUCACUGCUGCACACUGUGUUGGUGGGCAAAUAGACAGUAUGCGGAUUGAAGCUGGUAUCCAUACAGUGUUGAAGGAUGAAGGGGAAACGAGUACCAUCAAAAGAAUAAUAAGGCAUCCACAGUACUCCUCCAGCAUUGCCGGUUACCCUAAUGACAUAGCUCUGUUGGAACUGGACUCGUCCUUUACCGUAGGAGGGAAUAUUGAACUGGCCACCUUACCCACUAACUCUAACGAGGAUUUCACAAACAACCCUGACUGCUACAUCACCGGGUGGGGGAGAACUUCAGGAGGUGGAUCCACUUCCGAAGUUUUGAUGGAAGCUAAGAUGACUAAUAUUAUUAAUACUGAGUGUCAAUCUCGCUGGUCAUCUAUCAGCGGCGCAGCCAUUUACAGUACCCAUAUCUGCCCUUAUGAGUCGGGGAAAUCCGCUUGCAAUGGAGACAGCGGGGGUCCCUACGUCUGCUGGAAGAAUGGUGGUUACAUGUUGGCCGGAGUGACCUCGUGGGGCAUCAGCACCUGUGAUGGAUCGUACCCAAGUGUGUAUGUUAGAGUGUCCAAGUAUCUGGACUGGAUGGCCAAUUACAUCUAAAUCGGAUUUCAUAAUCUUGGUUCAUGAAUAAAAUUGGACUUCGAACG